GGGAGAGGGGCCAUCGUUUGGAUAAAGAAAUUGGCACUGAAACAGCAGAUCUUGGUUCAGCAGCGUCAAUACAUGGUGACAACACCCUGUGGUCCUCUUUGUCAGUUCAUUAGGGACCCCAAAGAAAUUGCCUCGUUGUAUCGGGACCUCAGCCAAUUCCCAUCACUUUCCAGUGUUACGAUUGGACCGGAUGUCACCACACAGUACGGGGGCCGAUACAGCAAUAUCUACACCGAGUGGUCGCAAAGAGACUUGGAUCGAAAUGAGCAAAUUAGGUUUUGCCGGCAAUACAUUGUCUUCCAUGAUAACAACACUAUUGUGUAUUCUGGAGCUUGUGGGAAUGGCUGCGAGAUUAAGGGCGAGCUUCUAAGCAGAGAGUCUCCUUCUGGAGCAUUGAAAGCUGUCCUGCGAGAGACCAAGAAUGAGAAGGGUGAGAACUCCCAGUUUUUAGAGGUUUGGGAGAAGAAUCGCAAAGUGAAAAGCAUCAACCUGACAGCCCUAGAUAAACAUGGGAAAGUGUAUGAGGAUGAGCAGUUUGGAUGUCUGUCCUGGUCACACUCAGAGUCUCACCUCUUGUACAUUGCUGAGAAGAAGCGGCCCAAAGCAGAGUCCUUCUUUCAGACAUCUACUAAAGAGCUGGGUACUGGAGCAUCUGAGGAAGAAGACAAUGCAGUUAGUAAACCCAUCAAGGGUGAACAGUUUGUGCUUCACGAGGACUGGGGGGAAGGACUUGUGAAUAAAAGUGUUCCAGCUUUGUGUGUCCUGGAUAUAGAGAGUGGGAACAUUUCUGUACUGGAAGGAAUACCAGAAAAUAUAUCACCAGGACAGGCAUUCUGGUCCCCUGAUGACACCGGUGUGGUAUUUGUUGGGUGGUGGCACAGCCCCUUCCGACUUGGCCUAAAGUAUUGUCCUAAUAGGAGAUCUGCCUUGUUUUUCGUGGACCUGACAGGGGGGAAAUGUGAGACGCUCUCCACGGACACAGCUUCUGUUUUCUCUCCCAGACUGAGCCCAGACAAGUGCCGCAUUGUAUAUCUAAAGUGUGAAGAGUUUGGACCUCACCAGCAGUGCUGCCAACUCAUAAUGUAUGACUGGUACACCAAAGUGACGUCCACUGUAGUGGAUAUUGUGCCUCGAAGUACUGAUGAGCAGUUUGCUGGUAUCUACACUUCAUUACUGGCAUCCUUCUGCUGGUCUGCAGACAGUCAGAGAGUUGUAUUGGAUACGGUGCUGCGCAGUAAGCAGUGUCUGUUUGUUGUUGACAUAAUGUCCAGAAAGGUGACACAGCUGCUGCCCAAAGGUACUCCAUUGGGUAGCUGGAAGCUAAUGGCCAUUGACAGAGACCUUCUUGUUGUCACCUUUUCAUCUCCAAGCUGCCCUCCUACUCUGAAAGUAGGUUUCCUACCUCCCAGUGAAAAAGAAGAAGAAAUGACGUGGGUGUCCUUGGAAGAGGAGAAUCCUAUCCUAGACAUCGAGUGGAGCUUUAAAACUCAUCAGCCUCCUCAAGAGCAGGAAAACUCUAAGUACCCUGGCCUGGGUUUUGAAUCUAUCUUGCUUAUGCCCCGGAACAUCCCUGCUGAGCAGAGAAUUCCUCUAGUUGUACAUCCACAUGGGGGUCCGCAUUCUGCUUUUGUCAGCGAGUGGAUGCUUUACCCAGCUGUGAUGUGUAAAAUGGGAUUAGCUGUGCUGCUAGUUAACUAUAGGGGAUCCAUUGGAUUUGGACAGGAUAGCAUCCUCUCUCUGCCAAAGAAUGUUGGAGAGCAAGAUGUGAAAGAUGUCCAGUUAGCCGUGGAGCAGGCUCUGCGGGAAGAUCCUCUAGACCCAGAGAAGAUUGUACUUUGCGGAGGGUCCCAUGGUGGAUUCCUGUCUUUGCAUUUGAUUGGACAGUAUCCAGGUUACUAUAAAGCCUGUGUUGCCCGGAACCCAGUUACAAACCUGCCAGCCAUGUUUGGAUCGACUGAUAUACCAGACUGGUGUCUGGUAGAAUCUGGCAUUCCCUACUCUUACCAGGCAGCUCCGGAUGCUGCUCAGUGGGGUGACAUGUUAAAUAAAUCCCCGAUUAGAUUUGUGUCUCAGGUGAAGACCCCAGUCCUGCUAAUGCUAGGGGAAGAAGACAGACGAGUCCCAAACAAGCAGGGCCUGGAGUAUUACAAAGCACUGAGGGCCCAUGAUGUACCUGCACGGUUACUGUGGUAUCCUGGAAACAACCAUUCCUUGUCAAAGGUGGAUGCAGAAUCUGAUGGUUUCAUGAAUAUUGCUCUGUGGAUCCUAAAGUAUCUGAAAGAAUAAUGAUUUACCAGCCGGUGCCAUGAACCAAAAUGGUCUACGAAUUAGAAUUUUCAGCAUCGUGGAUUGGAUAAGAAGAGCUCCUUACACUGAAAAACCGAUCUGCCAUAUGAACAAGCUGCAGGAAUGGUAUCUGGGGCGCCACUGUGCUGUGUUCUGCUUGUCUGGUUAGCUUUAAGCUAACUGGUUUUCUUGGUGAUUGUAGCUUUGUGGCUUAACAUUGUCUAAUUUGUUAUGGGGUAGAAUAUACUCGUUUCUAUUGCCUUUUGGAGCUGUAUUUAACAAACAGGACUUGUGUUUAGUACAAAACACAUGACUAAAGUUUUUAAAAA